GUGCACUUCUGCCGUCCAAUGAGAGUGACCAUGAAAUGCCACGAAAGUGCCUGAAAAAAAAAAACAGCUACUGCUUUACAAACGGCCUACGUAGCCGAAGCUCUAUAUUUUAUCAACGUAAUCUGCGCAGCAGUGUCGAUAAUGCUACCAACAGGUCUGGUCAAAACUACGCGCAGCGGCACACAGCGUGCGUCUCAAGCACAGCACGCAUCGAGUGGAAACGCAUCACGUCGGUGGCGAGUCUCGCGUCAGGAACGAUGGGCUUGUGCUGCUGGCUCUUGGUGCUCGCUGCAGGGGCAACUGCGCUGGCCAUGCACCCGCUUACCGAGUUCCUCAACGAACAAGUGGACUACGUGCUCCAGGGCGGCGAACUGUGCAAGUUCUCGGAGAAAGACGGUGGCUGCGACGACCACAUCGGCUCCAUCAACAUGUGGAGUGACGCUGAGCGGUGCUGCUGUCCCCAGUUCUACGAAGGCUACGUCACCAAUCUGGACCAUGGCAUUCGGCGCACGGGCGACUGCGCCUUCGACCCGCACAACACCAGCAUGGCCGUGUGCGAGCUGAGCUUCGCCAACGUCGAGCUGCACUACCGCUGGCUCUUGCUGAGGAGAAAUCCCAUGAUGGAGGGGAACGUGCGUUUGGCGCAUCCGGACGAACUCGUCGACGCGGGAAACUUGGCGGUCACGCUGGCCGAAGGAUCGGGACUGCUGUUGCUGGAGGAGGAUGUCGCCGACGGCAUGUCCUAUCACGCCACAUCAUUCGAUACGGACACGAUCGAGAUUGGCAAGCUGGUAUUCAACAACUCCACCAUCAGCUGCGAUGGAGAAGUGGUCGACACGAACGAGGAGGUGUUUCGGGUCGAACUUCAAAAGGCGCUGGCUGAACGGAUCGAACAAUAUGUCAGCGGUGAGGGGUUCCUCGACGCCUUCAACGACGUGCUCGAGCUGGUGCAGUAGUUAACGCGGGAACAUGGUCGCCCACUUAACGGGGGAUUUGCAUACUUGUACGCUGUGUUUCAUACGCUUUAAUGAUGUUGCUUGCAACGCCCUCCAGCUGGGACGAAUAAAUUCAGUGGCUCGCG